CCAGCAAUUUGGCUGUCAGAAGAACACUACACAUGACGCAUGACACCCACACAGCAGCUGCUUGAUAAUCUCUUUCAAAUACACAUCUCUGCAAGAUCUGCCUAUUUUAAGCAUCAAUUGACUCCUGAUGAAUUUAUUUUAUUCUGAAUACAAAUUUAUUUUGCAAUUGUCUUCUAAUCUACUUCAUGAAACUGAAACGAUCUUAAUGUCGAUAGUGCUAGAAAAGGGAUUCCAGUAACCCUUUUCAAAUGCUUUUAGGAUCGCAGUUCCCAGUGCGGCAUGUGUAUGGAACCCCUAAACAAAAAGCCAAAUUAUUAGACAAAAGCUGUAAGAAUCCUGUGCUCUCAUUUAAUUAAUUACUACCUCUCAUUAUAAUCUGUGGUGUGAGAGAAGCCAAAAUCCUGGUGGAUUUAUCACAUUAUUGUGUAGUUGAUUAAUUUUUUUUUUUUAAUGUUAAUGUCACAGGGCAGAACUAAAGAAGAUCCGAGCUGAGAGCAAUGGCCAACUCCCUCAGACUACCCCUGGGAAAAAGAAAGAGGAACCAAAGAGUCCAUUCGUGACUAGGAAACAGGCUCAGUUGGCGGCUGCCAAAAAAGAGAAAAACCGACUUAGUCAGCAGAAAAGACGUGCCAACAUGAGUGCACAGAAGAAGAGGAGGGAGCUGGAGAAACAGAGGGACCGGUACCGGAGGCAGCAAGAGAGGCGACAGGCAGAGGCACCACAGCCACGUAGCAAAAGAGCUGGGGGCAUUGUUCGGGCGCUGUUUUCCCUUAAGGAAAAAAUUUAAUUUUCAAGAAAUAAGUUUUCCCUCUGGAAGUCUGAUUUCUUGAAAAAACUACUGAAACAGAGGGAUGUAAGUAUGGUGAAGGACUUAAGUUCUUAUUAUAAUAGGGGCACUGCAUGUUCUUUUGGGGUUCCCCAUUUUUUGGAAAGAAAUGCCAUUGAUUUUCCUGGCAAGAAAGGGUCAGUAGACCAAAAAAAGGUCCUGACCAAAUCAAUGGUAGUUCUUUUCAAAGAAUUAAAAAAAACCCACCCCAAUGUAAAGAUAUCCUUCGCUACUUUUAAGCGAAGAAGACCCCAAAGUAUUUCUCUGUCUUCCAGCAGGAAGUUUCUUCAAUGUCUCUGCGAAAGAUGCACAAAUGUCAUGCUCCUUAUGGAGGUAUUAAAUAAAGAAAUAUCAAAUAGAAUUACCUCCAUUGAGGCUCUUGUGGAGCAGACUCUCUGCCAGAAUGUGGAGAGAAUGUGUAUUGAGCGACAAUGCCCGAACUGUGGGGUUAAUUCUCUUAUACAGUCCAUAAAAGGUAACAUAGAGGAUCUCACUGUCGUUCGAAAAUGGUCGAAGUGGGAGAAGAGUGAAAAGGCCUCAAAAGACCUAGUCUUUCACGAGAGCCCCCUCAGUGAGAUCCUCUCAUUACUAGAGAAAAGUGUUCAUGAGAUUGCCAAGCACUUAAAAGUCGCAGAGUGGCAGAGAAAGCAAUACCAAUCUCUUAAAUUCUCUUUGCCCCGGGGUCAUGCUAUGUGCACUGUGGACUUUGCUGAAAAUUACUUGUGUAAAUUUCAGAACGAAGUCCAGAGUGCACAUUGGUCUUACAGGCAGGUUUCUGUACAUCCAUGUGUUUUUUUUUAAUAAAUGUAAUGAGGCAGAC